AUGGUCGAGAAGAGAAAGAGACAGGCCGUUGCCAAUGCGCCCGUAAAGAAGAGGAAGAAUGCUCCCGCCAAAUCCUCCAAGUCCUCCAAGGCCAAGCGCGUCGUCGACGCCAACUCGCUAGCAUGGAAGCCCGUUGAACUGCCCGAGAUGUUCAAUGACGCCGAGGGCUUCUUUGGCCUCGAGGAGAUCACAGGCGUCGACGUCGUGCGCAAUGGGAACGUAGUCAAGUUUGUUACAACCGACGACACCCCUGCCCCCACCGAAGACGAUGGCGAUGAGUUCGAAGGCUUCGGAGAUGAUCCCGCGGAAACUCCCAUAGACAAAACACACGAUGAAAACGAGGAAUCAUCUCCCUCGGGACCCGAUGCGACAGCGCCCACCAAGAGCAAGACCAAGCACGACGCCACAAAGGAGACACAACAGACACAGAAGAAGGACAAGAAGCAGCAGCAGAAGAAAAAGGAUAAAGGCACAACGCAGACCGAAGGGGACCAAGAACUGGAAAGCAAUGUGUUUGCGUCGGCCGGGGACGCUGCGGUAGACGAUGCCGGGGAGGAUGUGGACAUGUCAAAAUGGGCGCACCUGGACCUAUCUCCGCAGAUGAUCGCCUGCCUUGCGCGGCUCAAGUUCACAAAACCGACAGAUAUACAGUCUGCAGCUAUACGAAAGAUAAUAGCUGGACGCGACGUUAUCGGCAAGGCUUCGACUGGAUCCGGAAAAACGCUGGCGUUCGCGAUACCCAUUGUUGAGGCGUGGCUUUCGAGGCAGGGAGAGGGUCAAUCCGUGGAAAAGAAGUUACCAAUAGGCCUGAUCAUGUCCCCGACCAGAGAGCUUGCCCACCAGAUCACAAAUCACAUCAAGGCGCUGUGUGAAGGGCUCACCACACCACCAUAUAUCUGUUCAGUAACGGGCGGUCUGUCGGUGCACAAGCAACAACGGCAGCUUGAAAAGGCAGACAUCGUGAUCGGAACCCCAGGCCGUCUUUGGGAAGUUCUGAGUUCGAGCAGCACUUUACUGGAUUCCUUCAAGACGAGGGAGAUUCUGAAGGCUAUCGACAGAGUCCAGGUUGACGAGGAUGACGAGGAGCCAGGGCUCUUCCCAAGACAGACGUUAGUCUUUUCUGCCACGUUCAACAAGAACCUCCAGCAAAAGCUGGCAGGGAAGGGCAAAUCGAACCUGAUGGAUACGCAAGAAUCUAUGGAGUACCUUCUCAAGAAACUGAACUUCCGAGAAGAAAAGCCCAAGUUUGUCGAUGUCAACCCAGUGGCCCAGAUGGCGCAAGGACUCAAGGAGGGUCUGGUGGAAUGUGGCGCGAUGGAGAAGGAUCUAUACCUCUAUUCUCUGAUCUUACUCCAGCCAACACAACGCAUCCUUGUAUUCAGCAACUCCAUCGGCUCAGUGCGCCGCCUGUUGCCCAUGCUACAGAACCUCAACCUCCCAGUCCACGCCCUUCACUCGCAAAUGGCCCAGAAGGCCAGACUGCGCUCCGUCGAGCGCUUCACCAGCGCCAAGCCGGGCACACACGCCAUCCUCCUUGCCACGGACGUCGCCGCCCGUGGUCUUGACAUCCCGGGUAUCGACGUCGUGAUCCACUACCACGUGCCUCGCGCAGCAGACGCCUACGUGCACCGGUCGGGCCGGACGGCGCGUGCGGCGCAGUCGGGCCUGAGCGUGCUGCUGUGCGCACCGGAGGAGGUAGUUUCAACGAGACGGCUGAUCGCCAAGGUGCACGCAACGGCGCGGCCGGGAUCCGGACUGAGCCGCAAGAGUGACUUCUUCAUCCGCACCAUCGACGUGGACCGGCGGCUGGUAGGGCGGCUCAAGGAGCGGGUGACGCUGGCCAAGAAGAUCGCCGACGCGCAGCUCGCCAAGGAGAAGGGCAGCAAGGAGGACGACUGGAUGCGCAACGCCGCCGAGGAGCUCGGCGUCGAGUACGACUCGGAGGACCUCGAGCAGAUGGGCAAGUGGGGCGGGCGCGGCAGCGGUCGCAAGAUCAAGCAGGAUGAGGCGAGGGCAAUGUCCAAGGCCGAGGUCGGCGCGCUGAGGGCCCAGCUGCGCGAGCUGCUAUCCAGGCGGGUCAACGCCGGCGUCAGCGAGAGAUAUAUCGCGGGCGGCGGGGUGGACAUGGAUGAGCUGCUGCGAGACGGUGUGAAGGGAAACUUCCUGGGGAGUGUCGGGGGGCUGGAGCUGGACGACUGA